AGCUUUCAUCGGGUCCUAAAUAGCAUACCUUAAGGACCCAUUUCAUGGAUUCCUUCCUACUUGCAGCACAACUUCCAUUACACACUCUCUUUUCCUCUUUCUCUCUCUAACAAUCCAUAGUGAUAUUGGAUUUACCUUUUUACGUGUUCUAAUGGGCUCUGCUGCAAACUGCUCGAUUCAUUUUGGUAAUGUGGUAAUGGAUUGCUGUUCUUGAUGAAUACCACUUCCCCCAUCAUGGAUUCUUGCUCUUUUGAAGGUAAUCAAUCAAUAUCUCAAUCAAUCAAUCCAAUUUUCCUACUUGAUUUAACUUUUUCCUUUGUGGGGUUUUCGAUUCUUUAACUUAUUUUAUCUGGGGUUUGAUUGUUCUUCAACAUAUUUGCUUGUCAUGUUAAUAAAGAUUUGGUUUCUUUUGUCAUCCACCCACAAAAAAAGAUGGAUUUUUGUUGAAGAAGUUUCACCUUUUUAAUCGGAUCUAGCUCUGAUAGAGAGUAAUAAUACUGCAUGUUUGUUUUGUAUGACCUCGUGAUUCACAUCAUCUGUGCCAGCUAAUCCUUCACAGAAAUUAUUGGUCCUAUCUGUUUAUCUUGACUCCCUCUGUCUCUCCCCCUUUCUGUACGGAUCAGUUUUUAUUUCCCACCAACAGAUUCAAGAUCAUAAUGAAUCUUGAAUUACCAAGGGUUUGUUCUUGAUCCAUCAAAGUGCAGUAAAUUGAGUAUGGAGGAAAAGAGAGAACUUGUGUAUGAAGUUGCAGAAUGGUCUCAUGGUGCACCGGAACUGCUACAGUCGUGGAGCCGCCAAGAGAUUCUGCAAAUCCUCUGUGCGGAAAUGGGGAAAGAAAGAAAGUAUACGGGGUUAACAAAGCUGAAAAUUAUCGAACACCUGUUGAAAAUAGUAUCUGAAAAGAGAUCACACGUUGACGAGAAUGAUGAUGAUAUUAUGAUGAAUCUUGAAUCAUCAGCAAGUGGUCAUCAAAGGGCUGCAAAACGAAACAGGAAAUCUGAUCAGCCUAAUCGUCUAAAUGUUGCAUCGAUGGAUGAUUCUUUAAUUAAUGUUAUUGAUGUUGAUUUGGCUGAAAAUGAUGUCAAAUUCUGCAAGAAUUCGGCUUGUAGAGCUAAGUUAAGUCAAGAUGGGGCAUUUUGCAAGAGGUGUUCUUGUUGCAUUUGUCAUCAAUAUGACGAUAAUAAGGAUCCGAGUUUGUGGUUGAUUUGCAGCUCGGAUCCUCCAUUUCAGGGAACUUCUUGCGGGAUGUCGUGCCAUCUUGAAUGUGCCUUACGACAUGAAAAAUCUGGCAUUCUGAAAGAUAGGGAGAAUAGAGGACUUGAUGGGAGCUUCCUUUGUGUAUCUUGUGGUAAAGUGAAUGAUUUGCUUGGAUGUUGGAGAAAACAAAUGACAAUAGCAAGGGACACUAGGCGGGUUGACAUCUUGUGUUAUCGUGUUUCCUUAAGCCAAAAGCUUUUGAAAGGCACCCUACGGUACCAAAAGCUCCAUGAAAUUGUAAACGAGACCAUGGAGAAACUUGAAGCAGAUGUGGGCCCGUUGACCGGUUUGCCGGUCAAGCGGGCCAGAGGAAUAGUCAACAGGCUCUCUUCAGGGCAAGAGAUUCAAAGACUAUGUGGUUUUGCAGUUGAAUCCCUAGAUUCAGUUCUAUCCAACACAAGCUUUAGUGAUCCCAGCAUCCUGACACCAGUUGUCAGGUUCGAAAACGUCUGCCCCACAUCGAUUUCCGUGAUUUUGGGCUCUGGAGAUCGAUCUUUCAUCGAUAAUGUGAAGGUGCAUAGAUACAUAAUGUGGCAUCGCAAAACCGAAGACACAGAUUAUCCUGCAAAACCAACCUGCACAUUGUUUGCACCAAAUAGCACCAAGUUCUUACUCUCAGGUUUAAUUCCUGCAACUCGAUACGUUCUAAAAGUUGUUCACUUUGAAAGCACCCGCGAGUUGGGUAGCAGCGAAACCCAGUUUCAAACGACCGACAAUGAGAAAAUACCGACAAAUCAAAGCCCAGCAACCAAUUCUAGCAGCCUUUCUAAUCCCUCUUCCGUUGAAGAUGAAAACAACAACAUUCUUGCUUACAAAAACACGAACGGGAACCAGAAAGACAAAGCUGCCAUAAGCUCCGCUGAUUUAGAGAAAGUUGCCAUAACUUCUGAUACUGUAAACAUCAUCAAGAACUGUUCACGAAAUGAAGAAGACAACGGAACUAAAAAUGGCAAAGAUUUUGGUCCUUUGGCCCCUACUAUUGCAGCUAAAUUACCCAUUACUCCCUGCAAGACUGAAAGCAUAAAAGAUGCAAUCUUGGCAAGAAAAACCCGACCAAAAUCAUCACAGAAGAAUCUUGAUAACGGGUCUGAAGAAGAACCAGAUGAGCAGCAGCAGCAGCAACAGCAACAGCAAGAUGGUAGUUCAUCAAAAAAGAGAAGUGAAGAAGAAACAGAUGAUCGGGAUUUUGGGUAUUACGUGAAGGUGAUCAGAUGGUUAGAAUGCGAAGGGCAUAUAGAUACGGGUUUUAGGAAGAAAUUCCUGACUUGGUACAGCUUACGAGCGAGUCUACAGGAGGUUCGAAUCGUAAAGGUGUUUGUGGAUACAUUAAUGGAGGAUCCAGCUUCACUUGCGGGGCAACUUGUGGAUACUUUCUCUGAUGUGAUUACAAGCAAGAGAUGUUCUUCUGCACCAGGGCUUUGCCUCAAGCUUUUCCAUUGAAAUCAAUAAGGUUAGAAAAUUCUAAUCUGUGAAUCAUUUAUUAUAACUAUUUUACAUUCUUGAUUUAGACUCUAAUCAUUCAAAGUUAUAUCAUUAUUACUGGCUAAUCUUUAUUGAUGUGAGACUGUAAAUAUAUCUAA